UUAUCAGGAAACUCAGACUAGCAAGGCCCAGGUUGGCCUGCUCUGAACACCAGCACUAUGCCUAUGAUACUGGGCUACUGGGACAUCCGUGGGCUGGCUCACUCCAUCCGCCUGCUCCUGGAGUACACAGACACAAGCUAUGAGGACAAGAAAUACACGUCGGGGGACGCUCCUGACUAUGACAGAAACCAGUGGCUGAAUGAGAAAUUCAAGCUGGGCCUGGACUUUCCCAAUCUGCCCUAUUUAAUUGAUGGAUCACAUAAGAUCACCCAGAGUAAUGCCAUCCUGCGCUACCUUGGCCGCAAACACAACCUAUGUGGAGAGACAGAGGAGGAGAGCAUUCGUGUGGACAUUUUGGAGAACCAGGUUAUGGACACCCGCAUACAGUUGGCCAUGGUCUGCUACAGCCCUGACUUUGAGAAAAAGAAGCCAGAGUACUUAGAGAGUCUCCCUGAGAAAAUGAAGCUCUACUCUGAGUUCCUGGGCAAGAGGCAAUGGUUUGCAGGGGACAAGGUCACCUAUGUGGAUUUCCUUGCUUAUGACAUUCUUGAUCAGCACCGUAUAUUUGAGCCCAAGUGCCUGGACGCCUUCCCAAACCUGAAGGAUUUCAUGGCUCGUUUCGAGGGCCUGAAGAAGAUAUCUGACUACAUGAAGAGCAGCCGCUUCCUCUCCAAGCCAAUCUUCGCAAAGAAGGCUUUUUGGAACCCAAAGUAGGCUGACAAAGGCCAGAUCUGGGGGAAUACUCAUGAGUACCCUGCUGGCUCUGGGCCUUAGCAGGGCUCUGGCUGCCACGACGAUGCACAGCUUUCUCCUUCUUUCCACUCCCAGUUCCUCCACUUCCUCCUCCCAGGCCUUCCCUCAGUCAAGCCUCUGGUUCCUUGGGCUCUCCAUUUCUUCAUCAGUCUCUUCCUAUCCCUUGUCUCUGCCCUGCAUCCAGCCCUUCCCUCACUGAUGGUUGGAAGAAUGUACCAGACCCCAGAAUCUCCAGCCUGGCCUGAGAGAUUAGAUCUGCCUGUGUGUUGCCCUGCUCCUUAGAGUGCGCAGCUAAGCCCCAUUUGAUUUGCAAUAAAGUAUGAGCCACA